AUGAAGCGCAACAUCGUCAUCUUCCUGAUCAUCCUCAUCCUCUUCAUCCUCAUCGCCCUCAUCGCCUACGGCAUCUGGUUCCUGCAAAAUCGCAUGAACUACUCGCGCGGCGGCGUCACCGAAAGCGAGAUGUCCGAGGAGCACCACGUGGCGUUUUGGGACUUGAUCAGCGAGUUGGACCGGGGAACCACGGAUAAGGCGUUUUGCAUGGCAACGCAUUGCAUGCUUGGUGUUGGAUACGAUACCGUACAUUGUCGACUGUGA